CCCUCAGUAAACAUGGCGGCGCCACGCGAGGCGGCCCGGGGGCGGGCCCCGCUGUCACUCAGCCGGCAGGUGGCAGGCCAGGCUUUGCCACCGCGGCCGCACUCAACCGUGGAGACCCGGCAAACGGGGCGGGCCGGCGCCAGGGGGCCAGUGUCCAAAGGCUACCGAGAGUGGCGCCGAGGCAGGGAGGGGCGGGGCGAGUCGGCCCCCCUCGUGGAGGCGCGGGAAGAUCUGAGUUGCGAGCCUCGUGGUGCUAGUGGUUAAGCCACCUCACGUGUGGAGGGAAGGCGGGAAGCCAGCAAAUAAAGAGGAAAAACGGGCUGAUGCUGAUCACGAGAAAAACGACUGGACUCUCUUAGCCCUGGCUGAGCCACGGAGAGCCAGACUCUCAGCUUCUGCCCAGCUCUAGGCACACACAGCUUCUCCAGGCAGUGCUGCCUCUGAACAGGGAUUACUUCUCUAGGACCUCCAGAUCUCCAAGGGCUGUACAGAACUGGCUGGUCCAAGUUUGAUGGUUGUUGGAUACACAGGCCUGAGGGCAGAUGCGCAUGAAGGCAAGAUAGGCCUGACUAGGAGCUGAUUCCUUUGCAACUCACCUUGGACAAUGUCACUUGGUGGAGGAGAAGGACUGUGAGAUCGUGGCCGGAAGCCAGGUUGUAGCCAUUUGCCUGCCGUUGCCCAGCUGAGUGGCAGCCCAGAGCUCAGGAGCAGCAAGUGACUGUAGGUCACAGACACAGUGAAGAUGAGUGUGGGGGUUAGCACCUCUACUCCCCUGCUUCCAACCUCAGACACAGACGUGGUCACAUCUGCCUUCUCCCUUGUGGACUAUGUGGUGUUUGCCCUGCUGCUGGUUCUUUCCCUUGCCAUUGGGCUCUACCAUGCCUUUCGUGGCUGGGGCCGGCAUACUGUUGGCCAGCUGCUCAUGGCAGACCGCAAAAUGGGCUGUCUUCCUGUGGCUCUGUCGCUGUUGGCCACCUUCCAGUCAGCUGUGGCCAUUCUGGGUGUGCCGUCCGAGAUCUACCGAUUUGGGACCCAGUAUUGGUUCCUGGGCUGCUGCUAUUUCCUGGGACUGGUGAUCCCUGCACACGUCUUCAUCCCUGUCUUCUACCGCCUGCAUCUCACCAGUGCCUAUGAGUAUCUGGAGCUCCGCUUCAAUAAGGCUGUGCGGAUUUGUGGGACCGUGACCUUCAUCUUUCAGAUGGUGAUCUACAUGGGUGUUGUGCUCUAUGCACCAUCGUUGGCCCUCAAUGCAGUGACUGGGUUUGAUCUGUGGCUGUCAGUGCUGACCCUAGGCAUUGUCUGUACUAUCUACACUGCUUUGGGUGGUCUGAAGGCAGUCAUCUGGACAGAUGUGUUCCAGACGCUGGUCAUGUUCCUAGGGCAGCUGGUGGUUAUCAUUGUGGGAUCAACCAGGGUGGGCGGCUUGGGGAAUGCGUGGGAAGUGGCUUCCCAGCAUGGCCUCAUCUCUGGGAUUGAGCUGAAUCCAGAUCCUUUUGUACGGCACACUUUCUGGACGUUGGCUUUUGGGGGUGUCUUCAUGAUGCUCUCCUUGUAUGGGGUGAACCAGGCUCAGGUGCAGCGCUACCUCAGUUCCCGCACGGAGAAGGCUGCUAUACUCUCCUGCUAUGCAGUCUUCCCUUGCCAGCAGGUGGUCCUCUGCAUGAGCUGUCUCAUUGGCUUGGUCAUGUUUGCCUAUUACCAGAAGUACCCCAUGAGCUCCCAGCAGGCUCAAGCAGCCCCUGACCAGUUCGUCCUGUAUUUUGUGAUGGAUCUCCUGAAAGGCCUGCCGGGCCUGCCUGGGCUCUUUGUUGCCUGCCUCUUCAGUGGUUCCCUCAGCACCAUAUCCUCUGCUUUUAAUUCAUUGGCAACUGUUACGAUGGAAGAUCUGAUCCGACCCUGGUUCCCUCAGUUCUCUGAAGUCCAGGCCAUCAUGCUUUCCAGAAUCCUCGCCUUUGGCUAUGGGCUACUUUGUCUGGGAAUGGCCUAUAUUUCUUCUCAGAUGGGACCUGUGCUGCAGGCAGCACUCAGCAUCUUUGGCAUGGUUGGGGGGCCGCUGCUCGGACUCUUCUGUCUCGGGAUGUUCUUUCCUUGUGCCAACCCUCCUGGUGCCAUUGUGGGCCUAUUGGCUGGACUUGUCAUGGCCUUCUGGAUUGGCAUUGGGAGCAUAGUGACCAAGAUGGCCUUUGGCGUGGCACCUUCUCCCUCUAAUAUAUCCAGCUUUUCCCUGCCUAGUAACCUGACCACCGUUGCCAUGACCACACUGAUGCCCUCAACCACUCGCUCCAGGCCUACAGGACUGCAACGGUUCUACUCCUUGUCGUAUUUAUGGUACAGCGCUCACAACUCCACCACAGUCAUUGUGGUGGGCCUGAUUGUCAGUUGGCUCACUGGGGGAAUGCGGGGCCGGACCCUGAACCCUCGGACCAUUUCCCCAGUGUUUUCAAGACUUGUUGACCUCCUGCCCCUGUCUUGUCAGAAGCGACUUCACUGCAAAAGCUACAGCCAGGAUCUCUCGGUGGAUACCUCUGCGUUUCCAGAAAAGAUGAGUAAUGGGAUGUUGAAGAAUAGCAGAGACAAGGAGGCCAUGGCCGUGCCUGAAGAAGGUUCAGCCCACCAGGGGAGCAGCCCCACCUUCAUCCUGCAGGAGACCUCACUGUGAUCUGGGCUCGGGUCCCAGUCCCGGAGGCAGCCUGUAGUAUAGUGAUGAGUUAUGUGAUGCAUAAUGCAGAGACAAUCAAGAACUAGAUUACCUAGCCCACCAAAGGACCUUGUUCUUAGAUGUUUGGGCUGCAGUAGAAGCCAUCAUAGCGUGGGAAGUGUGAGGGCAGGACAGGGUUUUUACUUGUCCCUUGACAGUCUAUUCUCUAGAAGACCAGGCUUGCAGUGGACAGGAUUUUGCUAGCGAAGGGUAUAGAAGCAAAUCCUCUGGGGAGUGGGUAAUGGCUUCUGAUUAAUCAUCAUCAGGAUCCUUUGAAGUGAAUAGAAACUGCAGUGCUGGUUAUCACUGUUCUGGGGCCUGAUUUGACAAGGUUGGCCAUGUUUACCAUUAAAUACAAAGCUGCCUUGGCCAGCUGUCGCUUCUCUUGCAGUCCUAUUUUGAGCAUAGUUUCUGUCAGCCACAGAGAGCCCGUGACUACUUUCAGGUUGUCUGUGACACCGAGGCUGCUCUCAUUCUUACCUGUCUACCUCCAUUCUUGAGGCAGAGGGUUAGUUGUCCCCAAGAGUCCUCUCAGAACAGACCGGUACGGGGUGCCUCGGUGGCUCAGUCAGUUGAGCGUCUUGACUUUGGCUCAGGUCAUGAUCUCGCGGUUCAUGAAUUUGAGCCCCACAUGGGCUCACUGCUGUCAACGUGGAUUGUGCUUUGGAUCCUCUGUCCCUCCCCUGCUCAUGCUUUCAAUUUCUCUCUCAAAAAAAACAAACAAAAAACAUUUAAGAAAAGAUUAAAAAAAACCAAAAAAGAUCAGUACAUUCAUCUCCUUUGCAUAAAUUUGGGAAGCUUUCUACCUUGCUGCCCGCACCCUCCACCUAUGUAAUGGGCACUUGGGGACGGGACAGAUGUAGAUCCAAAAAACCAGGGCAUGACCAGGUCCACUGUGGAGUGUGCCACCCACCUGGCACACCACCCUAGUGUCAUUUUGUUGUUUGUGCUCGUUUCCUUUUGGAGUUUCUUGCCCACAUAUCUUUGUUCCUAGGAAAUAAAAGCUUAAUGGGCCUAGAAUCGGGGUUCCUGUACUAUUUGUUCACAGCUGCUCUGGUUCACCCCAGGCCCGUCCAUGGCAGUGAUAAAGCCCCUUCUACCCCUGCACAGACUGGCUGUCAUGUCUUCAGGGAGCAGCAUUGUGCUUAUCUGGGUGGAAGAUGCACACUCCCUCUGCUGCUGUUCGUUCCCUGCAGCUCAGUCUGUCUCCUGUCCCACCCAUCUUGUCCUUGACUGGUACAAUCACUGCUGCUCAAAUUUUCACUUUGGGGGCUGUUGGGAGAAUGCUGCUACUUGCUGGGUGGUGUUAAGCCUGCUUGAGGUUGUCUUUCCUCUCUGCCCCUCACCGGCUUGUGCUCUUUAUCUCAAAAUAAAUAAACUUAAAAAAUAAUAAUAAAAAUAGAACAUUGGAGCUGGACUCUUGUGAAGAGCACAGCUCAAGCCCAUGCACCCUAGGCCCUCGGUUGGCCUGGCCUUGUCCAACUGCACAGAAGUAACUCUGCAUAAGCUCUCCAGGCCCCUUAGGCAGAUCUGUGGACAGUUUCAAGAAAUGCCAAGUUGACUGCCCUGAGGUCUGCCUUCUUGAUAGCCCCUCUACCUGGGGGCAAAGGGGGUGCUGCUCCUGGCUGACUACCCCCACGCACCAAGCUAUCAGAGUUCUAGAUCUAACCAGGCUCUGCUUUGUUCAUUUUCAACAUGUUUAUCCAUCACCUACAUGCAAGGGCGUUAAAGUUGGCCGCCAUUUUGCAUCCAAGAAAAUGACUGUGCCACCUCAGGACCCUGCACCAGGUGCCACCAUUAUUUCAAAGUUGCCUCAGUCCAAAACCCUUGCAUGUUAGCAGAGAAAAGAGGAAAAACCACAGGAUUCAAAGGUUUCAAGGAUUAUGACAUUUAAGGGGAAAGGGUAAAAACAUUUGGUACUCCAUAUAAAUAAUUCAAAGUCCGUAACAGAACAAAGAUGCUCUGCUUUUAACAAAGUAAACUUAUUUGCACAUUUUUAAAGUACCACUUAGGGGGCCUCUAGCUGGCUCAGACGACCACGCAACUCUUGGUCUUAGAGUUGUGAGUUCUACCCCCACAUUGAGAGUAGAGAUGACUUAUAAAUUGAAUCUUUAAAAAUACCACUGGUGAUGGUGGAGUCGAGUAUACAGAUCUAGGUUCAAAUGCUGGUUCAUCCACUUAACCUCCUUAAGCUUUAGUUUUUUCAUCUAUUAAAUGUGAAUUUCACAGAGCUGUUUAACGAUUUAGUUACAGGGGCGCCUGGCUGGCUCAGUUGAUGGAGUGUGCAGUUCUUGAUCUUGGGGCUGUGGGUUUGAGACCCACGUUGGGUGUAGAUUACUUAAAUAAACAAAAAAAUAUGAAGUUA